UAUCUCUAGAGUAGGCGCACGAAUACCGUGAGAGUCACAACAAUGAUGCCCUUAGGAAUACACUGGCUUAAUGCCUUGUUAGGAGGGAUUUUUUUGUCGCUGUUCUUGGAGUGGUGGCUCGCAGCUGUGACCGUGGAUGGUGGAACUAUCAAUUUCUGGUCUAAUAGCCUGUUUGGACUGUUUGGGUUCAUCACGACUUGCACUGUAGUCAGGCUCGUCAAGUUGCGAGUCGCUACUAAAAGCACGUUCAGUGAUCCCAAGAAAAUCCGUCAUGGGCUGCAGCUUUUGCUUCAGGAAGUCGAGCGAGAGCAAGCGUCUUCACUUAUCCGGCAGCGGCGAGCAGAGGGGAAGCUUAUAUCUGGGUCAGAAUCUGUCGAUGAAGAAUUAACCAUGAUAGUCGACCUGAUUGUGCGGGACUACGUAAAAGACUUUUUCUACAGUUUCAUCAGUGAUGACCCCGAGUUCUUAGACGAGGUCUCCCGAGAUCUGCGAGAGGUGUUCAGCGCUCUGUCGGGCUAUACAACAGGGGUGAGUAUAUUCUUAGCGCUGGACUACAUAGUUAGAAUACACGUGCUGGAUCUUGUGAAUUUCUGCAUGGGCCCGGCAGUGGACGUCUUUCUAUCCCACUUGGCUUACUACAGGAAGGCGUUUGGACGUGCGAGUGUAAGCAUGACAUCUGCGCCAGAGAUGACCCCGGACAAGAAGCGCGCUCUGUUCGAGAAGGAGCUCAUAGACAACUUCUUCGAUCUCGAGCGAUUGCACCGCUUCCUCGUGGAUGGGUCUCCAGAAGUCGAGCAGAUGUAUCUGCGUCAAGUAUCAGAACUGCUGCUCUUCACAAGUACGCCGGGCCCUAUUUUUAGGGACACAGCUGCUCGGUACAUGCUCAGAGAAGUGCUAUCGGGCACUGUGCUGAGUGGAGUGGUCAAUGCUUUGUGCAAUCCGGACUUCUUCAAUACCACGUUGAAUUACUAUCUACCGUCUGAGGCCAAGAAUUUUCCGUCGUUCCUGCGCUAUAUCAAGAUCUGCAACGAUCCGAGCGAGCUCGAAUACAUCCUACAUAAAAUCAGAAAAGGGAUGGACAAGAUCACCCGGCAAUUAGACGCGCUCAAGCAGAAAGGACGAGACGGUGUCAACAAGCGUGAAAGCACUGGACGUGCGGUGCGGCAGUACAAUAUCCAGGUACCCCAUGGGUCAGGGUUGGGCGUGGUCGCACUUUACAAUCUUGAUACUAUGACGUUAAGCCGGACUCAAGCUAACAAACAGACACCCGCGAGGCCUGACGCUGAGAAACCGAGUCAAGAACAAGUGCAAACACCUGGGCAGAGUCAGCCCCAGGGUCUGAGUGUUGUGCACGUGUCUCGCACCGAGCUGAAGCAGAGACUAAACCAAUUGAAACAGGCCGAGAAACAUUGCUUGCGAAGGGAGCAAGCACUUGUGAGUGGCUUAGCCGCCAACGAGAGACCACAGACACCGGCCUCGUCGUAUCGAGAGACCGCGGAAACACCGGCGUCAAUAACUCAGCCAGCUGACGCGAGAGGGCAACCACGGCUACCAGUUGAUACACUCGCACACCUGCACGCACAGACGGAACAGCGAAUUACGCGAACGCAGAGCGAGGCACGGGAACCCCCCAGGAGACCCACACAGGGCCACGUGGAGUCAACGUAUGAGAUCUACGGACAGAGACAGCACAGUGAGCCACGGCUAAGUGCACAACGGAGAGACGGCGAAGCACGUACGAUGAGAAGCCCGGCGGAGACACGUCCGUUAGUGGGACGGUCGAACACUGCGGCAGACGAACAGAGCCGAAAUCAGCCAAGAGAAAUUGAGAAUGUGGGGGUUAGAUCGGAUGGACGGUCUGAGGCGAGAAUGGAGCAUGAGAGUGUUAUGAAAAUCCCUCCAGUGUGCACGUGCAAGCCCUCGAAACGCAAGCGGAUCAGCGCCACAUUCAGGCGAAGCAAGGGCUUCCGCAUUUCAGACAAGGCCAGCGACAUUGGUACGUCUUCGUCGAAAAAAGGUGCCAAAUGGUCCAGUUCUUUUAAUGACCUGAGCACUCAUAGACAAUACGAUGAGUCCAGUCCGAAGACGCGAGAGAAUGCCUCUCACAAGAAUAAGAAGAUUAGUAAACGAGCGCACGAGUUCAGUAUAAGUCUAAGUGACAUGGCGUACAGCGCAAACACCAGCGCGGACGAGGGCGACAGUCACGUCCGACACUUCGGAGACGACCAUUUGAGCGUGCCAUUCGAGUCUGGAUCCAACAGCGAGGAAGGUGGGCUGGGUAAGAUAGAGCAGGGGCAUGUACUAGGAGAUAUAAAAAUAAAACAAGAUCAUGUAGUGGGAGAUGAGGAUGGGAUCAAGGAGGGGAGAAUGAGGCAUGGACUACGAAUUGGCAAAGUGAGGGCCGACAAGAUGGCUCAGUGUGAAGUGCACGGGCGGGGUGUGGAACUGAGAGCGAGCUCUAUGAGUGCGAUGGAUCAAGAUAUGGCCUCUGUGAGGUUCAACUCAAUGGUUUCCAGCUCUCUGGAUAUACCUACCACAACUGAGGACGAGGUUGUGUUUUCUCCGAAAGAAAUGAAUGUCCUAGAUACCCAUAUGCGAGGAACCGCUAGUUACGAAAUCCCAUUGCAAGCUUACAAGUCAGAUGACAAAAUGCCUGAUGCUGCCGAAGCAGCGCAUGCAACAGGUUCUGAGCUGCAUGGCAGCGGACAGGGACCUCAGCCAGCCAACCCGGCUCAUGGUAUUGAAGUUCAAGGAAGACUGUAUUUGUUGAUCGAUUGCCUGCUAUGGGAUGCCAGCUUCUACGCUUUGAUGGAUUUUGUGCAAGUUGAUGAGAGAGCUUUGGCGGGACUUUCUUUCUGGCAAGUGACCGAGACGUAUCGACGCUUAUUCGCCGACAGUUCAGUAUCGCACGAGGAAAAGAAAUUGGAAGCUGCUGAGAUCGCCAUUUAUCUGGAAAAUCCUCUGAUGCCCUGUGACUCUAAGAGCGUCAAUGCAAUUCAGCGAAUCCUGUCCUCCAAUUCCCGGGUUGACGAGGAUUUGUUCACGAAAGUUCAGCAGCAAGUGUACGACUACCUCAACAAACGUUGGUUUGCCGAAUUUUGUCGAAGCGAGGCCUUCAGGGAAGACAUGCCUGUUCGAACUACUCUUGAUAUGCCGACCUCGGAAGUGACGCAUCCACAGCAGGCCCAUGAAAUCGGUAAACGCGCCAAUGCCGAGCCAGUGAACUCGGACCUCUGCCUACCAACAUAUUCAGCCGAUGAGUCAUCUGCCAAUUGCCCGGGGAAGCCUGUGGAUGAGGUACCGACUUCUUCGAGUGAUGUGAACAAGUCCGAUUUGCCCAUUUCCGCCGAGUUUCGUGCGAGUGUUAAGGAGCGCAUGGAGCGUGAAACAGCACUGCAACAGCCAGGCCGCGUCAUCUGGAAUGCGCAGAUCAAGGAGAUCAACGUCAGGAGUAAUAAAACGCAGCGGAGUGGAGAAGUGGUGGCCUACUAUGUCGUAGUGGUAACUCGCACCGAUACAUUCGGAGAUAUCUCUUGGCUGAUUGAUAGACGAUACAGCGACUUCCACGACAUUGAUAUGCUGUUGCACAAAACCGAGUCGAAUCUGCCUACAUUCCCACCGAAGAAAACGCUGGGAAACCUCAGGCCCAAGUUCUUACAACAACGCAAGAGGGCUCUGAACAGCUACAUGCAAGAACUACUUGCCAAGCACUACAUCACGCAGAACGAAAAAACUGAACGGAUUCUCUCGGUGUUUCUGAGCGAAGGCUUGUACACGCACGAGUACAGCAAUGUGGCAAAGAAGCUUGAUACGGUGCGGGAUUUUUUUAGCUUGGGCCAUUCGAGUGCCAAUAUAAAUGAGGACACGUUCAUCCCUAACCCUUCUCGGGGCACGCGGAAUUCCUAUCUGGAAUCGGAAUCGUACGAAGACGAUCAAGUGCGGGAUGAAGUGUUUACCAUUCUGCUGGCCUGUGUGGAAGAGAUAUUCGAUUUCAAGGCUACGAGUCACGGAUUGGUACGCAAAAGGUUCCACCUUGUAGUUCGAUUCAUGGUGGAGAGCUACUUUUCGACACUGAUUAAUACGCAGAUGUCUGAAACCGUCAAUUGGAUCUUCGGUGAGAGCCAGAUCACCACAUAUCUUCGUUCUUUCCGCGAGUCGUUUUGGCCUAGUAACAAAUUAGCGCCGCCUGGACCUACGAGGGAUGCCGAGCAGAGGGUCAACUCUAAGUAUGAUGCACGGGCAAGGAUCAUGAUGAACAUUCCAGCGGACAUGAAACGCAUAGUUGGUGGUCACAACUGUCGCGCUGGUGCCCUACGACUGUUUGAUAUGAUGCAGCACGAAGUGAUGAAUAAGCGCUUAUUCUACGCUAUGUUAGAGGCUUUACUAGACCACCUCUUCCCGGACAUGAACGUCCGCGACCUGUUGAAGGGUAUUCUGAUGCGGUGUAACGAAGAGAAAUAAAGUUAUGAAUUACCUUAAAACCAUUCUAGGCUCUUUCAAU